UGCGUUAGCAUUAGCGCACUUCCUGUCCGCUAUCAAACUGUUUGUUGUUUAGGCUUUGCUAGCUAGAUAUGCUGUCGUCUGCUGGUCUGGGAACAGUGACAUCACUAUUAACAAGUCAAGACAAGUCAAGAGACUUGAAUUAUGACCUAGAAUUUCUGUUGUAACCAUCCAUCACAGUUACAGACACACUUCCUGUUUCAGCUUUGACGUCUCAGGUGCUCUCAGUUUCACCUUUGAGUAAAAUGGUUUAGAAAAAAAAUGGAUAAACUGUGAGUUUUGUUCUUUCUCCACUCAUUGGACUUUGAUGUAGUGAUGUCACCAUGUUCCCUGCGUGCAGUUUACUGCCAUCACUUCAUAUAAUGUAUUUUCUGCCACAUGUUGUUGCCUUCUGAGUCCACCAACACGCCCCAUUGCCUGUAGCGCUGUUUUAAUUCAAAGUGUUGCACAACAAAUGGCUUGUUCGGCAUGCGUCUGAUGCCUGAGUCUUCUCUCAGCUCCUUAGGUGUUCAAGCAUCCCAACCUGCAUGAGGCCCGUGUGCCGUCCUCCAGCCUUUGUGUUAGAGAAGGCUGACAAUGAAGGAGGCUUUGAAGAGGCCUUGGAAGAAGGCUUUAAUGCAUCAGACAAGAGAGCAGUGUUUUUGAGAGCCGUGAGCAGUGGGAGCUGCAGAAACCUGCGGGGAUGUGACUCGACUACUCAUGAUGAUGGCUAAUGGUCGGGCUCGUGGCAGAUGGAUGGCUGUGAAGUGGAGCGUGGACGGUCUAUCAUGUGCGCUGCAAGCUAUCAAGUGGUCAGCCUCGCCGCGGUGCACUCGUUUAAGAAAGAGAUGCGUACACACAUCAGCAGCAGUGCAUAAAAUGAUCUGGAUACACACACACACACACACACACACACAUCAUCCAUGUUGUAUUACAAAGAUUCCUCCUUUCACAAGGAGAACAGCAUGGUCAGUGUCUGCAACAUGGACACUUUAAUACUGCAUUAAAAUGUUUUUCUGUUUGUAAAAAUUUGUAAUGAUGUGUAACUACUGUCUUUAGGAGGUAGAGCAGGGUCACCCACUAAUCAGAAGGUCACCAGUCCAAUCCCCAGCUCCUCCAGUCCACACGCUGAGAUGCCAGUAUUUCUCCACACUUCCGCCACUUCCUGAAUCCACCACAACACAUCAGGUGCAGGUAAGAAGGCAUCAGAAAAGAUUCCGACAGGGGAUGUGAACAGCAAGGACACCCGGCUGUGGCUGCGGACUGAAAAGGCAACCUGACACACCGAGCAAAACAUCGACGUAUCGCGAGACUCGUGACUCAGCCGAGCCGAGAAUUCCGGAAAGUUUGAAUGGCUGAAGUUGCGUCGAGGGAAGCGAAGCGUUUCUGCUGUGACAACAUGAAGUCCACAUGGCUGCCAUCCUCUCUGCUGCUGCUGCUGCUGCUGCUGUUGGAGCUGAGCUCCGUGUCUCUUCAGGAAAGCAGCAAGCCUAAUUUUGUCCUGAUGAUGGUUGAUGACCUGGGAAUUGGAGACCUGGGCUGCUAUGGCAAUAAAACACUGAGGACUCCCAGUAUCGACCAGCUUGCACGGGAAGGGGUGAAGCUCACCCACCACAUCGCUGCAGCGAGCCUGUGCACUCCCAGCAGGGCAGCAUUCCUCACCGGACGAUACCCGAUACGAUCAGGUAUAGCUGGUCAUAGCAGACCUGGUGUUUUUAUAUUUAAUGCAGCGUCUGGAGGUCUUCCCAGCCGAGAGCUUACCUUCGCUAAGAUUGCCAAGCAACAAGGCUACGAGACGGCUCUUAUAGGAAAAUGGCACCUAGGACUUAACUGUGAACACAGUGACGAUCACUGCCACCACCCCAUCACUCACGGCUUCAGCUAUUUCUUCGGUAUCCCCUUGACCCACCUGCGGGACUGCCAGCCUGGACACGGCACUGUGUUUCAGAUCCAGAAAUAUUUACCUCACGGGACACUAGCCGUUGUCUUGCUCACUGCAGUGCUACUCCACUACAGCGGCUUCAUCAUCAUCUGCAGAGGUCUGAUCCUGAGCCUGCUGUCUCUAUCGCUCGUGGCCACAGCUCUGAUAGCGGGAUUCAUCAUGAUUAUCCCAUACUUCAACUGUGUUCUCAUGAGAGACCACAGAGUUGUGGAGCAGCCGUUCUCAUCUGAAAACCUGACACGGAGGAUGACUCAUGAGGCGGUGGACUUCAUAGAGAGGAACUCAGCGAGGCCUUUCCUGCUAUAUUUCUCCUUCCUCCAAGUGCACACAGCCAUGUUUGCCUCCGCAGCGUUCAGAGGAACGAGCCGUCACGGCAUCUAUGGAGACGCCGUCCAUGAGGUGGACUGGAGUGUAGGUCAGAUCAUGCAGACUCUGGACAGACUCAAACUGAGAGAAAACACUCUGGUUUACCUGACUUCAGACCAGGGAGCUCACCUGGAGGAAAUCUCUGCCAGAGGGGAGGUCCACGGAGGAUGGAAUGGAAUCUAUAAAGGGAAAUCCACAAAUUGGGAGGGAGGGAUCCGAGUCCCAGGAAUUCUUAGCUGGCCGGGAAAAAUCCCCGCCGGCGGACAGGUGGACGAGCCCACCAGCAACAUGGAUCUGUUUCCGACAGUGGUGCACCUGAGUGGAGCUUCCGUCCCAGAGGACAGAGAGAUCGACGGUCAUGACCUCAUGGAUUUGCUCCAGAGGAGAGUUGAAAGGUCGAACCACGAGUUCCUGUUCCAUUACUGCAACGCCUACCUGAACGCCGUCCGAUGGCACCCCCCUAACAGUAGCUCAGUGUGGAAAGCCUUUUACUUCACACCAAACUUCUACCCAGAGAGCGAGACGGCCUGUUUCCACACACACGUCUGCUUCUGCACGCCAGACCACGUGACCUACCACAGUCCCCCGCUCCUCUUCGAUCUCUCGAGGGACCCGUCGGAGACCACGCCGCUGACUCCUGACGCCGAGCCGGCCUUUCACUCCGUCCUGGCCGCGAUGGCGGAGGCCGUGGAGAGGCAUCAGAGGUCGGUGGAGCCCGUGGAGAGCCAGUUUUCCGUGGGGAACAUGGUGUGGAAGCCCUGGCUGCAGCCCUGCUGCUCUACGCUCAGUCAGCUCUGCCAGUGCCAGCAGGACCAAUAGGAUGUUAGGAGUGCUGUGACGUCAGUGACAAGAAACUAAUCACAUAAGUACUGUUUCCAUGACACUGUCAAAACAAAAAAUAUCAAGAGUCUUUUGAGUCUGUGUGUCAUCCCCAUUUUGUUUGUGUCUUGUGCACACCAGCCUGACACACAUGUACGUGCAAAUAGACCUGGAUACAGUGACACAGUCCUGCUGACAAUUCCACCAUUCAGCAGUUUGUAAUGCACCGACACAUGCGGCUUACAAGCUAGCAAACGCAGCUGCACAGAGACGUUUCGUUUUGUUUUAUACCCACAGCACAUCUGAAUUCAAAACAGUCAGUAACUUAAAUUUACUUUUUACACUAUGUUAGUUUAAGGAGUACCUCGGUGGAAACCGGAGGCCUGCAGUACGAACUGUGUGUUGUCUGCAUGCUGUCACUUGCCUGAGAUCUGCUCUCAUUAAAAGUAGCAGGGCUGUGUUUCCUCUCA